UUCUACAUGCUGCCUCAGACUUCUCAGCUCCCUGUGCUGGCCAACAUGUCUUUGGUCCUGCUUUCUGUUCUCUGGCUGUUUGUUCAUACUCAAGCAACAGCUAUAAGCCAAACAACAGGAUUAAAUCAAUAUGAAUUAGUCCGGCCAAAAAAACUACACAUUUUGCACAGAAGAGAAAUAAAGAACAACCAAGCAGAGAAUGAUGACAAAGAGGAACAAUAUGAACCUGAAGUUCAGUAUCAGAUAAUGCUAAAUGGAGAAGAAAUUACUCUUCAUCUUCAAAAAACCAAGCACCUGCUAGGAUCAGAGUACACUGAGACAUAUUACUUACCUGAAGGAGAGGAGGUCACAACACAGCCCCAAAACAUGGAACACUGCUUCUAUCAAGGACAGAUCGAAAAUGAAAAGGAUUCUCUUGCCAGCAUUAGUACUUGUGAAGGGUUGAGGGGAUACUUCACAUACGGUGGUCAGAAAUAUCUGAUAAAGCCUCUAAAAAGCACAGACCAGGAAGAACAUGCUGUCCUAAUAGAUAACCAGGAGGAGCUUGACCCUGAUAACCACACUUGUGGUGUGAAAAACGUUGGAAGGAAACAAGCCCUGAUCCGAACUUCCAGAUCACUCAGUAGCUCAGAAGUAAGUAGAGAAAACUUUCUUCAUGGUGAGAAAUACAUUGAUCUCUUUUUGGUGCUGGACAAUGCCUUUUAUAAGCUGUAUAACAGGAAUACAACUUAUAUUAGAAGCUUUGUGUUUGGUGUGGUAAAUCUACUCAAUGUGAUUUAUAACACCAUAGACAUUAAAGUGGCUUUAGUAGGCAUGGAAAUCUGGUCCGAAGGUGACAAGAUAAAAGUGGUACCCAACGCAGGAGUGACCUUUAACAAUUUCCUGAAUUGGCAUCGUUCUAAUCUGACAAACGGUAGGAUCCACGACCAUGCUCAGCUCCUCAGUGGAAUUGGCUUCAGCCAUCGACUUGCUGGAAUGGUGGCCUCUAAUUCCUUGUGUUCUCCAUCUUCAGUUGCUGUUAUUGAGGGGGUAAGGAAGAAUGAUGUGGCUCUUGUUGCUGUUAUGGCACAUGAGUUGGGUCACGCUCUCGGUAUGCCCGAUGUUCCAUAUUACACCAAAUGCCCCUCUGGGAGUUGUGUGAUGAAUCAAUAUCUGAGUUCAAAGUUUCCAAAGGAUUUCAGCAAAACCUGCCGUUCAAGUUUUGAAAAAUACCUUUUAUCCCAAAAACCUAAGUGCAUUUUGCAAGCACCAAUUUCUAAAAAUAUAAUUACAAUACCAAAGUGUGGGAACAAACUUCUGGAAGUGGGAGAAGACUGUGAUUGUGGCUCUCCAAAGGAAUGUACCAACUCUUGCUGUGAAGCGUUGACUUGCAAACUGAAACCUGAACCCAAUUGUAAGGGAGAUGCUACAAACCAAGCCAUGUAA